UUCUCAAGAUUGCUUUGGCGAUUUGGCAUCUUUUGUGGUUUCAUAUAAAUUUUAAGAUUGUUGUGUUUCUGGGAAACCGUCACUGGAAUUUUGAUCAAGAUUGCAUCGAAUGUGUAGAUGGCUUUGGGUAGCGUGAACAUUUUAGCAGUAUUAAUUCUCCUAAUCCACGAGCAUGGAAUACUCAUUUAUUCACGUCUUCGCUGUUUUUCAUCAGUGUCUUACACUUUUCAGCAUAAGGUUUUUCACCUCCUUGGUUAAAUUCAUUCCUAGGUAUUUUAUUCCUUUUGAUGCAGUUGUAAAUGAGACUUUUCUUGAUUUGUUUUUCUGAUAGUUCAUUAUUGAUUUUGUGUCCUGCAACUUCAUCGAGUUUGUUUAUUCUUAGAAUCUCUUGGUGACGUCUUUAGGGUUUUCCGUAUAUAAUACCAUGUUAUCUACAAACAGAGACAGUUUUUUUUUUCCUUUUUUACUUAUUUGGAUAUUUCUUAUUUUUCUUGGUUCAUUGCUCUGGCUAGGACUUCUGACACUGUGUUGAAUAAAAAUGGUGAGAGUGAGCACCCUUAUCUUGUUCCUCAUCUGAGAGGAGAGCUCUCACCUGUGAGUAUGAUGUUACCCGUGGGCUUAUCUGUGGCCUUUAUUACGUUGAGGUGCAUUCUCUCUAUACCCAGUUUGUUCAGAAUUUUAAUCAUGAAUGGGCAUUGCAUUUUGUCAGACACUUUUUCUGCAUCUAUUGAGAUGCUCAUGAUUUUAAUCCUUCAUUUUGUUACUGUGUCACGUUGGUUGAUACGUGGAUGUCGGGCCAUCCUUGCGCCCCUGGAAUGAGUCCCACUGGAUCAUGUCAUGUGAGCCUUUUAAAGUAUUGUUGCGUUUGGUUGGCUGAUGUUUUGCUGAGGAUUUUUGCAGCCGUGUUCAUCAGGGAUCUUGGCUUGUAAUUUUCUCGUGGUGUCUUUGUCUGGUUUUGUUAUUAGAGUAAUUGUGGCCUUGUUCUAGAUGCACUUAGAAUUAUCUGGAAGGUGUCCCGGACCAGAAGACCCUCCACUGAUCGUGUCUCCCAAAAGGCUGUAUGUUCAGCUGGGAGCCCAGAGCCCAGAGCCCAGAGCCCAGAGCCUGCCUUUGGCUCAGACGUGGGCUUGCGUUUCUGGGACGCGUCUGGGGAAGUGCCGUGGAGGGUUCUUUCUCCUCAAGGACUGGGAGGAUGGCAGAUCCUGGGCCUCACCUCCCCAGGCCACGUUGCUGUCUUCCGAGGAGCACGUGUCUUCCAGUGCUCUGUGCAGCCAGCAGCCCUGCCCGACUCAGUGUCUUCUGUGCUUGCCCAGGAACAGGCCGGGCUCUUGCCAUGGGGCACUGUCGCCUCUGCCACGGGAAGUUCUCCUCACGGAGUCUCCGCAGCAUUUCUGGCAGGGCACCUGGGGAGAGCGCAGACAGACCACCCCCAGGGGAGCGUGUUUUCAUCAGGGACUUCCAGCACCUGCUGGGGGUGGCUGUCCACCAGGACCCAGCUCUGUCUCAGUUUGUCUGCAAGAACUGCCACGCCCAGUUCUACCAGUGCCACGGCCUCCUCAAGUCCUUCCUGCAGAGAGUCAACGUCUCCCCGGCGGGCCACCGGAAGACUUGCACAAAGGUCGGUGCCCAGCCCCCGCCAGGGGCAGAGGAGGGAGCGUGUCUGGUGGACCUGAUCACUUCGAGCCCCCAGGGCCUGCGCGACUUGGUGGCCUGGGUGCACGGACACGCAGCCAGCUGCGGGGCCCUGCCUAGCCUCCAGAGGACACUGUCCUCCGAGUACUGCGGUGUUAUCCAAGCCGUGUGGGGCUGUGACCAAGGCCACGACUAUACCAUGGACGCCGACUCCAGCUGUGGGGCUCUUUUGCUGGACAGUGCGCUGGCAGUCAAAUGGACAUGGGACAAGGAGAUGGCCCCGUGGCUCACCCAGCAUCGGGGGUCCAACCCUACUGGGGCUGCCCCUCAGAGCUCCCAGGGCAGAGCGACCACAACUCCAGCCGAGACCGAGACCCUGCCCGGCGCGGACGCGGCCCCGCCUCCUUCAGAUGUCAACCCUGUAGGGCCUGGCCUGUGCCCCCCACCUCAGCCAAGCUUUCCCCCAAGUGGGGCCCCAGGGCGGUUGGGUGAGAAGCAGGUUCCGUCUUCAACCUCGGAUGAUCGGGUAAAAGACGAGUUCAGUGACCUUUCUGAGGGAGACAUCCUGAGUGAAGACGAAGAUGACAAGAAGCAAAGCACCCAGUCGUCAGAUGAAUCCUUUGAGCCUUGCCCAGAAAAGAAGGUCUCUGGUAAAAAGAGCGAAAGCAAAGAAGCCAAGAAGGCUGAAGAGCCAAAAAUGCGCAAGAAACCGGGCCCCAAGCCGGGCUGGAAGAACAAGCUUCGCUGUGAGAGGGAGGAGCUGCCCACCAUCUACAAGUGCCCUUACCAGGGCUGCACGGCCGUGUACCGCGGGGCCGACGGCAUGAAGAAGCACAUAAAGGAGCACCACGAGGAGGUCCGGGAGAGGCCGUGCCCCCACCCCGGCUGUAACAAGGUGUUCAUGAUCGAUCGUUACCUGCAGCGCCACGUGAAGCUGAUCCACACAGAGGUGCGGAACUAUAUCUGUGAUGAGUGUGGCCAGACCUUCAAGCAGCGGAAACACCUUCUCGUCCACCAGAUGCGCCAUUCAGGAGCCAAGCCUCUGCAGUGUGAAGUCUGUGGGUUCCAGUGCCGGCAGCGGGCAUCCUUGAAGUACCACAUGACAAAACACAAGGCUGAGACCGAGCUGGAUUUUGCCUGUGACCAGUGUGGCCGGCGGUUCGAGAAGGCCCACAACCUCAAUGUGCACAUGUCCAUGGUCCACCCUCUGACGCAGACCCAGGACAAGGCCCUGCCCCUGGAGCCACCAUGUGGGACGACGGAGGGCCAGGCUGUGAAGCCUGAGCCCACCUGAACUCAGGCGGGUAAAUGGGGUUUAGACGGUUUCGAUAGUUCUUUCAUUUAAGACCUGAUGGCACAGCUUCACCCGCUGCCCUGGAGCCCCCAUGCCGUGUCCCCUCACCUGUGUGUCAGGAGGGCACUGGACAGCAGUACGGUGAAGGGGGGCUCACCGUGCAACUCCCGUAGCCUUUCCAGCGUCCGCUCUGGGACCAGCAUUUACCCACGAUACUGACCUUGGGGCCAGAUGGAUUUUAAAUCAUUGAUUCCUAUUCCCCACUAAAGCAAUCAAAGAGAUUUGUAAUCCACUUUCUAGUGCAAGAGCUCCGUGUUAUGCUCGUAAUAAAUUAUUUACAAAGGA